GAUUCAGGAUAGUCAGCUAUGGCCCAGAAAGGCAGACAUUAAUUAAUUUUUGAAAUCUCUCAAAAUCGCAUGACGUGAUAAUGGUGAAGACAUAGGUAAAUACACGCACAAAUUAAGCGAAAAAAAAAAAUGAAUAUUUGAAAAUUAAUUAAAAUCACGAAAGGGCGAAAUAAACUAUAUCCAUGACAUGACAACAGUGUAAGUUGUUCGUUAUUAUUAUUUAUCAGCAAAUUUGACGAGGAGUUACGAAAUACGUCUGUUAUUGCACACUUGCAAUGACACUAACUAAUUGGUUACUUCCCUGGGUAAACGCGGUAACACCAUGAAAUAAAUCCCCAUAUCUUACAGGUCUUGUUUUUGUUUUUCUGUUUCAUGUCCCAGCAUGUACUGAUGCUUGAUGCGUUUUCCGCAAUCGGCAAAAGAGUAAACAUUCUUUGUGGAUGUCCAAUCUAGCCAGGCAACACAGCACUAUUGUAUUUUCCUAAAUGAUAUCUUUAGCUUCUCAAAAUCAAGUUAGCAACAUAUGCCGAAAUUACAUUCCGCUUAAACAAACAGUUUAGCUGUCAAAAUAUAUCUAUUUUGCAUCAGAGUUAAUAGCCUGUUAUCCAAGCCUCUGUUAAUCUCUUCCUGCGCUGGUUCCCUCUUCCUCUUUACUAGCUCAUGGGACCUUAACAUCUGUAGAGGAAACGAACUGUAUUGACCGGCAUUUGUGUUUUGAAACCUCAGCUUGACAAGCAAAGAUCACUUUCUACGUUUGCUCGGCCAUGGAAGGGAUCAAGAUUAUUGCUGUUAUCCUGCUCUGUGCUGUCCACUCGUUAUGCAGUCCCAUCGACAUACAUCAGUUGUCGAAUGGAGGAAAUAAUGUCAUGCAAGACGAUAAAGACCAACUUUCUGGUGAUGAUACAAUUUUGGAUCACAUCGUAAAAGUCAAUAAAGGUAAUGACGUAAACAUGUACGAGGCAGAUAUCAAGUUAAGUCCUGAUGAUAACGUCGAUUUAAGCAAUGACGGAGAUGUCGAUGGCGCACCGAUAUCUGUGAGACGGAAACGAAACGCUGCACGUGACCGGAAGAAGUUGUGGGUCACUCGUGUUAUUCCUUAUGCGUAUCACAGAGGCUUUCCAGAGAGCUUCAAAUCAACUAUUCAAGAAGCUAUAUCCGAAUUUGAAAACCGCACGUGUCUGAGAUUUGUCAAGAGGACCAACGAGCCUUUGUUUAUUCUAUUCAUUCACGAUAAAGGGUGCUGGUCAGCAGUUGGCCGUCAGUAUUGGAUGACAGGAAUUGGUCAGCAGCUGUCACUGGGCCCCGGUUGCAACCACAAAGGGACAAUAAUGCACGAACUUAUGCAUGCAACCGGUUUUUGGCAUGAACAGUCACGACCUGACAGAAAUCUAUAUGUGGAGGUCCUCUGGGAGAACAUAGAGCAAUAUGAAGACCAUAACUUUAACAAGUACAACCAUCGCGAUAUUGACCUGCUAAAGAUCCCGUAUGAUUUUGACUCCAUCAUGCACUACGGGCGUAAGAGUUUCAGCAAAAAUGGUAAGGACACCAUUCGGUCCAUACUGGAUCCCAACCGUCCCCUAGGACAAAGAGACGGAUUCACUGACUUGGAUGUUCAUGAGAUCAAUGUACUCUAUGACUGUGCAGCAAAUGGCAGCUGGAGUUCUUGGUCUGCAUUUGGUCCAUGCAGUACCUACUGCGAUAAAAUCCGACAACGUUUCUGCAGCUCCAGUGAUCCGAGCAACGACUGCCCUGGAGCGGAUCCGUAUGGAGUGCAAGUGGACCAAGUCAAGUGCGAUGUCAAAGAGUGUCAUGCUCCCAUCGAUGGUCACUGGGGCCGCUGGUCAUCAUGGGGUCUGUGUGACGCUAAAUGUGGAUUUGGAAAGCAAACCCGAACGAGGUCUUGUGACGACCCCCCGCCAAGGUAUCAAGGCAAACCGUGCGUUGGAAGUUCAAAGAGCUCGCAAGUGUGCAAGCUGAAGUCUUGUGGAAUUGGGCCCGAUGACUGUGAAUUUGACUUUGAUGGCAUGUGUCACUGGAAAAAUGAUCCAAAUAAUCCAUCAAACUUCAACUGGGAGCGAAACACUGGCAGCACCCUAUCAAGCAAGACAGGACCAUCCGGGGACCACACGUCAGGUUCAGGCCACUACCUAUUCGUGGAAACUAGUGGCAUUAGUGCAGGCGAGAAGGCGAAAUUACUCAGCCAAACCUUCCCAGCAACUGGAGGUCGAUGUCUGACAUUUUGGUACCACAUGUAUGGCGAAGGGAUGGGAGAGUUGAAUGUGUAUAUCAAGCCUGUCACGGGUAGCCUGAGGAAAGUUUGGUCCCUGUCCGGCGAUCAAGGAGAUCAGUGGAAAAUGGCUCAAGUUACUCUUAAUAGCAGUUCUUUAAAAUAUCAGGUGAAUUUACGGGACCCUGGAAAGUUUCGAUCAAAGUCCGAAAAUAUCGCACUUCUUUGCUGAAUUCGUGGGGAGGGGGGCCGGGACUACCAUAU